GCCGUUCAGCAAACUUCAUCUGAAGUGAAUGAAGAAUACGGGCUCACCUACGGGAUUACAACCGAUGCGUUAUCAUAAAUCGAGGCAUGUGCACAACUUAAAACGAUGCAUUCUGCAGGCACAUAACCACACAAACGAGCGCGCGCGAUCCACCUUUCACGGCUGAUGUCCUGUUUAAUGUGUGAGAGAUUUUCCGUUCUUCACCGUCUGCCCGUCGCUUUCUUGCCAGCUGAGCGUUCGCGUAAAAUGGAUAUCUGAAGGGCUUCACUUUCACAGAUUCUGAGGGUAAAAGGUCCCAGGAUACUAAAAUUACCAGGGCUUCCUCUCAUCAACACACUCCUCUGCUGGCCGUGCCUGGCUUCUGGAGGACGUGUUCCCCCCUCCUUCUCCAGACUGCCUCGGACACCAGGAUCCUGUUGCCACGUCAAUCACGUCCUCACAGCUGGCUGCAGGGCGGCCCUCGUGGCCGGGAUGCCACUGUGUACCCUGCCAGUCGGCGGUGGAUCCUGAGGGGCAGGAGCUGCCCAUCCAGUGCAGGGGGCAGAAGAAAAAGCACCCUGACCAGGACAUGAACCUCUGCUGGAACGAAAUCAAACGUAAAUCCCACAACAUCAGGGUACGGCUGGAAGCCUUUUCAGACAACAGUGGGAAGCUCCAGCUCUCCCUGCAGGACAUCAUCGAAUGGCUGACAGCUAAAGAUGAGGAGUUGUCUGAGCAGCUGCCCAUCGGUGGCGAUUUCGGAGCAGUGCAACACCAGCAGGAGUUCCACCAGGCUUUCAUGGAGGAUGUCAAAUCCAGAGGGCCAUACAUCUACUCAGUGUUGGAGUCUGCUCAGACCUUCCUGGCACAACACCCUUUCCAGGAGCCAGAGGAGACAUUGCCUGAUGGCAAAGAGGUUUCACCUCGGAGGCGAAUGUUGAAUGUAAGUCGCUCCGUGUGGAAGCAAGCUAACGUGGCUAGUGACCUGUGGGAGAAACUGACGGCACGCUGCGUGGACCGACACCGGCAUGUAGAGCGAACCUUAGAGCGGCUGCUGCAGAUCCAGGCUGCCAUGGAGGAGUUGGCUGUGGCUCUAGAGCAGGCGGAGGGAGUGAGGGACGCCUGGGAGCCUGUGGGAGACCUGUUCAUCGAUUCUCUGCAGGACCAUAUAGACGCUACUAAGCUGUUUAAGGAAGAGCUGUGCCAGGUAAAGGAAGGAAUGAAACACAUAAAUGACCUGGCCCACCAGUUGGCCAUAUCUGAUGUGCACUUGUCUAUGGAGAACGCCAGAGCCCUUGAGCAGCUCAACAACAGAUGGAAAUUUCUCCAGGGGUCCAUUGAAGAGCGUCUGAAGCAAUUGCAGGAUGCCCACAGAGAUUUUGGCCCAGGAUCACAGCACUUCCUUUCCAGCUCUGUGCAGAUUCCUUGGGAACGUGCCAUAUCCCCCAAUAAAGUGCCAUACUACAUAAACCACCAGGCCCAGACAACCUGCUGGGACCAUCCAAAGAUGACUGAAUUAUACCAAGCUUUGGCGGAUCUGAACAACAUCAAGUUCUCUGCAUACCGAACGGCCAUGAAGUUGCGGCACGUGCAGAAGGCAUUAAGAUUGGACCUGUUGAAGUUGAGCAGCGUAGUGGAUGUCUUUCGAGAACAAGAACUGCAGCACUCUGAACAUGUGAUGGAUGUAGUGGAGGUCAUCCACGCUCUCACCUCCCUGUACGAGAGACUAGAGGAGGAGAGGUCCAUCCUAAUCAACAUCCCACUCUGCGUUGACAUGUGUCUCAACUGGAUGCUCAACGUUUAUGACAGUGGUCGUAACGGUAAGAUGCGGGUGCUCUCGUUUAAGACGAGCCUGGUGAUUCUAUGCAAUGCAGACAUCCAGGAAAAGUAUAAAUACCUUUUCCGACAGGUGUGUGGUCCAGGUGGACUGACAGAUCAGAAACAUCUCAGUUUGCUGCUGCAUGAAGCCAUUCAGAUCCCUCGACAGCUGGGGGAGGUGGCCGCAUUCGGAGGUAGCAACGUCGAGCCCAGCGUCCGCAGCUGCUUUCGGAUGGCCCCUGGUAAGUCAGCAAUAGAGGUGUCUCACUUCCUGGAGUGGAUGAGUCUAGAGCCUCAGUCAGUGGUGUGGCUUCCUGUUUUGCACCGGGUCACUGUUGCAGAGACAGCCAAGCACCAGGCACGCUGCUACAUUUGUAAGCUGUGCCCUAUAAAGGGCUUCAGAUAUCGAAGUCUGAAACAGUUCAAUGUGGACAUCUGCCAGACAUGUUUUCUCACCGGCCGGACAACCAAGGGCAAGAAACUACACUACCCCAUCAUGGAGUACUACACCCCGACAACCUCAGGCGAGAAGAUGCGGGACUUUGCUAAGACAUUGAAGAACAAGUUUCGCUCAAAGCAGUAUUUCAGUAAACACCCACAGAGGGGCUACCUGCCCGUCCAAUCAGUGCUGGAGGUAGAGAGCUCUGAGACGCCCUGCUCAUCUCCCAGGCUGCCUCAUGCGGACACACACAGCCGGAUCGAGCAUUUUGCUAGCAGGUUGGCAGAAAUGGAAAACCAGAGCUGCUCCUUUUUCACUGACAGUCUUUCUCCCGAUGAAAGUUUGGAUGAAGAUCAGUACCUCCUACGUCACUCCAGCCCCGCACUCGAGCAGGACUCGCCCCACGGCCACCUGCUUGCCCACCUGGACUGCCAGGACAGAGAAGAGCUGCAACGCACUCUAAACCACUUAGAGAAUGAGAACAGGGUGCUGCAGGGUGAGUAUCGGCGGUUGAAGUGGAGGCACGAAGAGGCAGCAGCAUCCCCCCAGCUGCUGGAAUUAGGGCCAGGUUCACCAGCCGGUCAGCAGGACGAGGAGCUCCUGGCUGAAGCUCGAGUCCUCCGGCAGCACAAGACCCGUCUGGAGACACGCAUGCAGAUUCUGGAGGACCACAACAAACAACUGGAGUCCCAGCUAUGCAGACUCAGAGAACUUCUGCUGCAGCCCAGAGAUGAUUCGGAGGCCAAUGGCUCUGCUCCUUCCUCUCUGUCCUCACCUGUGUCAGGGGGUGGCCACCAGGGGGAGCCUCCCAGCAGAAAGACAACAGAAACAGAAGUAGUAGGUGAUGAUUUGGACCGUGAGCAGGACACUGUGCUGCAGCUGCAGCAGGUAAUCGAGCAGCUGAGGAACGUCUUCCCGUCCGAGCCAGGUCCAUGAAGGACCGGAAGCAAAACUCAGAAGCCUAUAAUUGUGCAGGUACCAUAUUGCUCAUUUUAUCAUGGGCAGGGCCUUGAGUAUGCAGGGCUAGCAAAAUGAUGGACAUACAAGGAUGCUGCAAGAGGGGGACGGACAUCCCCCGGCCCACCCCUCUUAGUCUGCAGCCAAUUGCCAAUCCCAAAGAGUUGUGGGAUAUCUGAGUGCAAACUAAACAAACUAACGUUUACAUGGUGCCAAAGGCCUGCAAUGAUCCGGACACUGUGACCGGACACUAACCCGAGAAAUAAUGCAAGAUGUGUGGCUUCAUCCGUACAGCACAAGAACCACAGACAAGACUUUCACCGUGCAAAGGGGGAGGUGCUCUUCUCCUUAGGUAUCCCUGUGCCAGCAACUUCUGUGUUUUACAUUUUUCAUUUUAAAAUUGUUUACUGUUUUUAUGUGACUCACUCAUGCAUAUGCAAACACUCACACACACACACGAACACACACACACCCAUGGUAAGUCGCGCUUGGACCUUGUUCUGUGAAGCAGAAAAGAGCAGAUUCCCUGGAACUACCGAUACACAAGGCACGCUUAUUUACACUGUAGGUAUGACACAUCUUCAGCAGUGGCUAUCAUUUAUUUAAGAUGCCAAAGUGCCCACGGGCAUUCAGGUCCUGCCCUGACUUUUCUUCUCCUCUGGGUGUCUUUCCUGUAUUUUCUUUUUCUCUUUCACAUAACACUGUCAUCAUAAUUGCAAAUCAGAUACAUACAUUAAAUUACCUUUUUCUUUUUUUUUUUUUUGCAAAAUUACCAGCCAACAACAUUUCUUUCCAGCCAUGAAAUUGUAUUUUUACAUUAUUUUUAUUAUACAAUAUGUUGCACAACGUCUGUGCCAAGUACCACUCCAAACAACAUCUCAAUGCUUAAAGGGAUAGUUCGCCUAAAAAAUAAAAUUCUCAUCAUUUACUCACCCUCAUGCCAUCCCAGAUGUAUAUGACUUUUGUUACGCCCCCUAGGCGUGGGAGAACAGAGUAGAAGUUCAACAAUAGUUUUUAUUGUUAUGCAAUUAACAUUAAAAAGCAGCAGGAAGGAGGACUUCAGGGUGACCCCUGGCCAAAUAUAAUAAACAACAAAUAAUCUAGAAAAGAGAAAUAAAUAAGCUAAAUGUAAAAGAAAAAUAAAGAUACAACAAGACUGAACUAUUCCAACAAAACAUGACAAACCCUAUUCAAACAAAAAGGGCAGGCCACUCUUAAAAGACAGAUAACUAUUUGAAAUUUCAAAUGAUAAGUCACACACUGCACAUUAAGUUCGGUGUUUAGACAACACAUGAACAGAGAACAAAAUUUGGUCUGGCAGAUGGCAAAGAGUUGGGAACAGCACAACCUGCCUGGAGUCAUAACAGCGCGUCUCUGAAGUGUUGCAGCAGGAUUUUAACAGGCACACCAUCAGAGACAGCCCAUCGCCUUUGCACAGGUGAUGCAAUUUGCAGAUCAGCUGCACCUGGAAAUGAGCACACGGCAAAACGAACCACACACAGACGGAGAGCGAGAACAAAACACCUCUAGUAAACAACUAGUACGGACUUAACACUUUCUUUCAUCUGAUGAACACAAAGGGAGAUUUUUAGAAGAAUGUUUCAGCUCUGUAGGUCCAUACAAUGCAACUGAAUGGGUGCCAAAAGGUUGAAUCCCCAAAAUCCACAUAAGGGCAUCAUAAACGUACUCCAGACGUCUCUAGUGGUUAAAUCCAUAUUCAGAAGCAAUAUGACAGGUAUGGGUGAGAAACAGAUCAAUAUUUAAGUCUCUCUCUCACUUUUUGUUUUUACUAUAAAUUCUCCACCCUGCUCAGUUAAUCUCCACUUCACGUUCACAUUCUCCUUCUUCUAUUUUUGGUGAUUUACAGUCUUCUUGCAUAUCACCCCCUAAUGGGCAGGGAGGAGAAUCUAUGACUUAAAAAUGUAUCUGUUUCUCACCCAUUUCUAUCAUAUCGUGUCUAAAGACAUUGAUUUAACCACUAGAGUCUGUAUAGAAUUACUUUUAUAGUUACUUUAUCCACAUUUUGGAGCUUCAGAGUUUUGGUCACCAUUCACUACACCAUUCAUGGAUCUACAGAGCUGAAAUAUUCUUUUAAAAAUCUUUGUUUGUGUUCUGCAGAAGAAAGUCAUACACAUCUUGGGAUGGCAUGAGAGUGAGUAAAUGAUGAGAGAAUUUUCAUUUUUGGGUGAACUAUCCCUUCAAGUUGUGUAGACUCAAAUAAUUCAGAAUCCAAAAUUGUGAAUAGAGCUCGUACGGAAAUAGGAAAAGUCUCCAAUAGAUUUUUUUAUUUAUUUAUGUAACGGCCCCAACAGAGUUAAAAUGUGCAAAGUUUUAAAGCAUGUCAAGUGCAAAACAUUUUCGGGAUUGCCCCUUUGUCAGUGCUAAAACUAUUAAAAUGGUAAAAUUAAUUUUUAUAUAAAAUGUAUUUUUAUCUCUGUGACAAUGGAAUUAUUUUGCUGUUUUUUUUUUAUGUAUAUUUGUGACAAACAGCACCAGGUCACUGUGUCACUCGCAGCAUUAUACAGGAGAAACGGGGCUAGUUGUCACAUUGUAAAGUUGUCACAAAAGCUGUACCUCAGUAACGAUAAGAGUCACAAGUCUGAUUGUGGAAAUGCAACUGGAAUUUUCCCCUUAUAUAUUAGUUUAGGUGGCUAAAUGGAAGGAAUUUAACACAUAUUUUUUGCCAAAUGGAGUUCUGGAAGAAAAAAACUUUAGUUAUCCAAGAUACUCUUCUGAUGGUACAUUUUCCACUGAGGUAAAUGUUAUUAGAAUAUCUAUGAAUCGUAACUUGGGAUAGAUGUUUUCUUUAGCAGAUGGUUUAAGCCAUGUAUUAUGUUGCAGUUAGUCAUAAAGUUACUGACCGUUUCACUAAAGCAAUUUAUUUAAAAAAAUAUUUGCGUUUGACAAAUGUUUAUUUUGGACUGUGCAUGCACACACACACACUCUUGGCCAUAAAAAGACAACGGAUCUGAUGCAGAGAUUAGCAGAUUUCUCGGCUCUUGGUUUUCUGGACACAAAGGGAAUUGUCUCUUGGCGAAAGAGAUUUGUAGUGAUGUUUUGUCAGAGCACUUGCCUCUAAAUUACAGCUGUCCAACUUGUCCACCAGGUUCGGCCCAUUUCUCUUUGGCUCGGGAGGGACUUUUACACCAGUCACAGUCUGAUUCAAUUUAAACCUAGCACAUCUCUUAUGCCUUAAACUUCAAAGCACCCACAGACCAAGCAGUGUGCUUUUAAGUUUCCAAAAGAAUACCAGCCUUACGUCUCUCUUUCUUAUUGUCUUCAUCCUGAUGCAAACAUUUUGUUUACCAAAUGUGCUGUUCUCCAGAUCUCAGCAUUUCCACAGUCUAAGCAAAGGAAAUGAAACUAAGAGAGGGGAAGGAUUAUUUUACAUUAUGCCGAGGGAGGAGGACAGCAAAUGGAUCACACUCUUUGUAAGCACAGGGAAAAAAGGCUUCUUUUUCUCUAUUUUUGUAAAGUGAUUUACUGUGGGUUGUCAGAUAUAUAUGAGCACAGAAGAUGCUGGGGGUGUAGAAAGUAGAAAAUAAAUAGAUA